CAAAUACAUGUAACUGUCAGACUACUCCUGGCUAGGCGGCUGCUUAUCCAGCCAGUCGGUGGCGAGCCGGCGUCGGUCAUCAAACGUCGGUGGUCGGCUGAAGUUGGUAGUGAAAGAGAGUCAAGAGCAUCGGCCGAUGCUCCAAGCGUAUUGCCGGCUAUACAUGACACGUGGGCGUACGCGCACGCGAGGGAGAGAGAGAGAGAGAGAGAGAGGCAUCAUUCAUAAAGUCACAAUCAAUACCACAAAGGAGUACGGUUGCGGAGAGCGCAUUGUGGAUACGGUGUUGCCCGUGUGCGAGGCGUAGGUGGUGUUGGUGCGUUGCUUUCACGGUUGCUGAAAAGCGGAGCGAGGAGCGCAUGUUGCUCCCUUCGGGCUUCGAUCGGCCUGAGGACAGCUGGGACGAGGUCCUUGGAAGGGAAUGCUCUGAAACGGCGUAUCAGCGUACUCACACAAGGGUGAAAGGUCAUCCGGGCAGUUCGAAGCAUGACGAAGUACUGGCUGAGCGUGAUCCUUCUCAGGAUCGUUCUACCAGUCAUCUUAGCCGGAUGUACAAUAUGGCGGCCAGUGGGGUUGUCAGCGGUUUAUCUGGGGUUAAUGCUGUAUUCCCCGAUGAUUCCGAUACCAAUGCGCGGAAUCAUGCCGCAGCACACCACGACAUACUUGAAGAUUUGCAUUUGCCUAGCCUUCCUGAUAGCCAUAGCUCAGAUCGCCUUUCACAUUGUUCUCCUAUCACUACCGCCCUACGGACACUUUCUCCAGAAUUGCGAAUUUCUGGAGAAGAUGUUGCGACACAUAGGUUUCGUCAGAUUAGAUAGCGCGUCCGUCUGGGAAGUUUUUUAUUGGCUAACGCCGGAAUUCAUAGUCCUACCCAGCGUGGUUGCGAUAUAUCUCAUAUGUCGUGCCCUUAUGGUGAGACACAAUAACGAGGAUAUUAUAUCUCUUCAUCAGGAAACUCAGCAAAAGAAGACAGAGGACAAGACCAGCAUGAUAAUCAACUUCCUGGGACGUAUCGGCACCUACGUUGUCCUGGUGUCGUUGUGCUGCGCCGCUGCCUUGAAGCCGUCGAUAGAAGCAGCUUUCUACUUCCUGGUGUUCCUGGGCGCGGCUACAUGGUGGGCUUGCAACAAGGAACUGCGAAAGGGUUUCGCGACGAUUUGUAGGAUCGUCAUGGUCGUCGUGAUUAUUCACAUCAUCGCGUUACUCGCCUACCAGAAUCAAUGGCCGCAGGAACUCCUGCCGAUCGGUGGCCCAUGGUCGCGUUAUUUCGCGUUAACCGCAGUGUAUCAUACCAAUUGCAGUCAUCCGCGAUACGUGGAAUACACGGGUGACGCCGACUGGUUGAUCUAUGGAUACGCUUUGAGGCUCUUUUGGCUGUACUACGUUCUUUCGUUGCAAGCCCAGUUUCUCAUGAAGCAACCGGCGAAGAAAGCGAAACGAUUAAGCGGCAAACUGGAGAACCUGGACACUCCGUUGUCGAGACACGUGUCCAUCAGGCGCAGGACACCUUCUCAAAGAUGGCAAUCGGCGCGACGUAAGGCUCGCCUCUUACGGUUUGGAUCAGGAAGAACAGGGCUUCUUCAAGACUCGACGGGGAGCGUCAUUGUUCAGGAUAGCCAUCAAGAGGAUAGCACGCAGAUGCAGAGUUUCAGCGAAGGCGCAUCUAACGAGACGCCAGGUGUCGUCGAGCAAAUAAUCAUGGCGGUGUACUCAAUCUUCCAAUUGAUAGUCAACUCGUCGUACCUCGCUACAAACAUAAUCAUGAUGACUUGGAGUAUAAUGUAUCACAGCUGGACGACGUUCGUCCUGCUGCUCUGGGCGCUGAUUUUGUGGAUGGUCCCCAACAAACGUGCUUCCAUGAUGAAGUGUUCGCCUUUCAUCGUAUUCUACGCGACUCUCCUACUUCUCGGACAAUAUGUUUACAGUAUGGACUUGAAUGACCAAGAACUGCCGCGAGAAGUAAACGGCGUCAACAUUUCCGAGAUCGGCUUCAUCAAAGCCGACAAACUCAGCCGCUGGCAUCUGAUAGUUAAGUGUCUGUUUAUAUCAAUGUUCUGGAUCACCAUGCGGCAGUACAUGACAGAACGAAAACAACAGCAGCGAUCUUCCGCGCUGAGGGACAUGGUGGCACCGUUACACGUGUCUGUCUCGACUGCUACGACCGUCAUGAGCCAUGAGACGCCCGAGAUCAAGAGUAAAUUCAUGAAAGAAGUCGGCACGCGAUUACGGAGCCUGCUAACGAGAUUCUGGAUCGCUGUGGUGGCAAUCACGCUGUUCAUCUGCGGCAUUAUGGGCGAACGUAUGACAAUGUUCAGGAUUGUUUACAUGACGUUGUUCCUCGUCUUUGUCAUUACAUUCCAGGUCUCAUGGGUAGCGUGGAGGAGGAUGAUGUAUGUGUUCUGGAUAACUUUGAUCGGAUACUCCAUCAUUAUGCUGAUCCUCGUGUACACCUACCAAUUUGAGAACUUCCCGACGUAUUGGGAGUACCUCGGGAUAGACCAGGACUUGCAAAUGGACAUUGGACUGGAGACCUACGAGACGAAAGAUCUGUUCGUUCGACUGCUGACGCCCACAUUCUUCGUUAUCAUUACCGUAGUCCAGAUUCAUUAUUUUCACAACGAUUUCCUUCAAGUCACCAAUAUCGACAGGCUAGAGUCUGAAAAUGUAGGUAGACAUGCUAGCUUAGGUCACUCGCCUAAUUACAACAUUCCUGCGUCUUCGCCGGCUGAUGUCACGCUCACAGAAGACGAAGGGAACACGAUGUACACGCUGAAGCAAUUAAAGCAUAUGUCGAAAUUGGAGAGGAUUGCUCUGUGGCACAAAAUCAAGAAGCACAUAAUAAAUUUCUACAAUUACACUUGGCUGUUUUUCGAAAUUCAUGUGCAGAAAAUUAUUUUUGUUUCCUUUGUCCUUCUGUGUAUCUACGAUGUCUGCGCGAUCAACUUUCUUUUCAUCAUCGCCGUGGUCAUAAUGAUAAAUCUGCACCGAAAUAUUCAAGUAACGGCGAUCAACGUGAUGGCUACGAUUAUAUCGCUCCUUAUAGUUACCAAGAUGCUGUAUCAAAUCAAGUAUAUUAAUCACGAAAACUGGAAUGUUAAUUGCACGGGUAACUUCGACGAAGAUCAACAACAGUACGCAAGCAACAUCACCGUUUACAACAUAGCUGAAUGGUUCGGGAUGAAGAAAGCCGAGCCGGGUGGACUGCCGAAACUGUUGGCGGGUUACAUCGGCAUCGUCACCGUGACGACCUGCCGGAAAAUCAUCAGUGUCCGUCAGUGGUUUUAUCGUCUCCACAGCGGAGAGCCGUUGGACACUCCUCAGGUGAUGUUUCCCGCUAUCACCAGGGCGGAUGCCGACAAGGGCAUUCCGGAGUGCCUGAAGUUCCUCUUCAACUACGGUUUCUACAAAUUCGGUCUCGAAAUAUGUCUCAUCGCCAUCGUGGCGUUGAUCGGCACUAGACUGGACUUUUACUCCGUCUUGUACUGUGUGUGGCUGCUGCUGUUCUUCUCGUUGAAAAGAAAAGCCGUGGCACGACUUUGGCCGUUCUUCAAGGUUUUCGCUAUAAUUUUCCUGCCUGUCCAGUACGCCAUCGUCGUGGCUCCGCCAUCGUGGCUCUGCAUAGAAUAUCCGUGGAACGAGUCCGAGGUGAUGAGAAGAUUACAGGAAUGGAUGUUCCUGCCUGAUCCACAUUACCCACCGAAUCCCAAGAAACUGAUUUGUGAUUUCAUUUUGCUGAUAAUGAUCGUACGGCAGAGUCUGGUCUUCAACAUCGAGCAACAGAACCUGCAGUCUAACGUGGACUUCGUAGCUGGCCACAACUACUCCGUCUUCAAAGACAUGGAGAAGCCGAACUUCGUGAACCCUGUGAAGGAUUAUGUGUCGCAGAUCCACUCAUGGCUGGACAUAGUCAAACGCGGCGGCAUGAUGAGUCUUAUGUGGCUGACGUUGUCGAUUAUGUUCUUAGCUGGGACAGAGAGAACCAACAUUUUCUCGCUCGGCUACCUCAUAGGAGCAUUUCUGUUCCUUUGGCAGGGGAGCGAUUUUUACUUGAGACCAGUAGGGACUAUCUUGAGAUGGUGGAAUAUACUGAUUGGAUAUACCGUCGUUGUGAUCUUCGCGAAGGCUUUACUUCAAGGUGUAGGCUGCGUCCUCAUCAAAGACCUCGAACGUUCAGUAUGUUGGCUAGUACAAUUACUGGGCAUCGCCUGUCUGAAGAAGUUCAAGAGUUCCACGAGCGACAUACUGGUAGAUCCUACCGAGUGCGACGUUCCCCGUGAAAAUAUCGGCAUGGUCUGGGACGGGCUGUGCUUCGGUUUCCUCCUGAUACAGAAACGUCUGUUCAAGAGCUACUACUUCUUUCAUAUAGUGGACGAGACGAAAGCCAUGAAGAUCCUAGCGUCUCGCGGCGCGGAAUUGCACGAGGAAUUGCAUCAGAAGCGCAUAGAAGUUCAAGAGAGCGUGGAGAAAGCUGUUUUAGAGAAGCUCAAGUUCAAGAUGGAUAAGAUCAAGGCUAACCAACAAAAGAUACAGGGACCAUCUUACAGAGAGCCUCAGAUCCACAAAGUCGAUGAACUCUAUCCAACAACACGGCCGUUGUACAGAAUUCGUACGCCGAAGACGAAUAAAGAGGCCAUCAGAUCGGGCGACUAUUACAUGUUCGACGAUCUGGACGACGACGACGUCACCGAUUUGCUUCCCGAUAGCGAGAGUGAAAGGAAAGAGAAGAAACUGCCCCAUGAGAAGGACCAGUCGGGAAGGAGAAUGACUGUCUCGGAGUUGAUGAACACGCUGAUUAAAACAGACAUUGAGAUUGCGACGCACGUCGCCAUGUACGGAGGGAACGAAAAGGAUGCCCUGAGACUUCGACGUAGAAGCGUACCUUUGACACGGAAGAAAUCGUCCAUGUCCUAUCUGAGCGCGCGCUCCGAGACCGACACUGCCAUGGCAACCGAUGGUCCCGAUCGAACGAGUCUCACUUCAGUGGAAAUGGAAACUGAAGAGAAGGAAAUGCUGGGCGUAGACUCGGCUAAAACACCCGAACCUUCGGACAUAGAAGACGAAGAAGGAAAAGAAGAGAAGGAAAAACCGCAAGAUAAAAAGAGCGACGACGAAAAGGGAGACCAGAAGAAAGUCUCGGUCUUCACGUACCUCAAAUUUCUCUUGGCGGUGAUCAACAGCAGCCUAAUUUCGAUGACAAAAUAUCUAAAUCGGUUCUCCCACGAUUACAGAUUCAUCCGCAAAGUUUUAAUGAAAGAGAAGACUAAUCUAAAGGCGAAGCCAGAUUUUAGAAUGGGAUUACGGCUGGGAAUUAAUCAAAUGUGGCAGCCGAUGAUACAGGAACGAUCGACUGAAAAUAACGAGGCGGAGGAAACAUCCAUCGAUCCUGGCGAAGGCCCGAGCCAACCACGCCCGCAAGAAAAAAGGAAAGGGAGCUCGCUGGCAGUGCCGCACAUCCGAAUCCUGGCGCCGAGUUUGGAGCGAGGAUUGGACAUGUCCUCCUCCAGCACGCUUUUCUCGCAAGCUUUGCCGGCCCCGUGCGACGAGGAGAUGAGGGAGCUUUCGGAAGUGGAUCAGCCGCCUAUUAUACAGCUGGCGGCGUCCAUUUGGUUCGGAAUCUUGGCGCAUUCCAGUUUACUCUGUUACUUCAUGGUAUUUCUCCAUCAAAUUAUGCACGCGUCCGUACUCUCGACGCCAUUGCCACUUAUGGUAUUCUUGUGGGGUUCUUUGACCAUCCCGCGACCUUCCAAAACCUUCUGGGUCACUUUGAUCGCAUAUAUCGAGGCCAUUGUAAUAAUAAAAUGUAUCUUCCAACUGGAGCUGAUCCCUUGGAAUCGAAAUGCUCCGCCGAACCAUCCACUAUUCGUGCCGAGAAUUAUGGGUAUUCAACAGAAACCUAAUUAUGCCCUCUGGGAUUUAUUGCUGCUUCUCAUAUUAUUCUUCCAUAGAUUUAUGUUAAAAUCCCUGGGUCAGUGGACAAGUCCGUCCAUGAAAACGAGGAAGAUCAUUCCUUCCAAGUUAACCGUAGUGCCGUCGAAACCACCGCCUUCGCACGAAGGACAAGGAGAACAUGACAAUGCAGUUUCAACGCAGCAAUAUCAGCAAUCCGAAGUUGAGCAUGUCGAAGCUGAAUCUCGUGCGGAAGUAACACCUCAAGGGCGAUCCUUGAGCGUCCACGUAGCGGGAGAUUCCGCGGACAAUACUGCGCCGACGAUAAACGAAGACGAAAAGUUCGUAGCUGUGCAAGGAGAAGAAAUGCACCCUCAUAAUGAAGUAUUCACUAAAGCGAUGGAUAUGACCGUUACUAAAUACAGCGAACCAAUAAAAAGUUUCUUCGAGAGGAUCAUCAGCCCAGCUGGCAAAGAGAAGACAAAUGUGUACGCUUAUAUGUUUCUCUGUGACUUCUUCAACUUCCUCCUGCUGAUCUUCGGAUUCUCCGCCUUUGGGACCCAACAAGGCGACGGCGGUGUAACAGCUUACUUACAAGAAAAUCGAGUUCCUAUGCCCUUCCUGUUGAUGUUGCUGUUACAAUUCGCUCUGAUAGUCAUCGACAGGGCCCUUUACCUGAGGAAGUCCAUCGUAGGAAAGUUAAUUUUCCAAUAUUGCUUAGUAUUUGGUAUUCAUCUCUGGAUGUUCUUUAUUUUACCGAGCGUAACCGAAAGACAAUUCAACGAGAAUCUCCCGCCACAAAUCUGGUACAUGGUGAAAUGCUUUUAUCUUCUGCUAGCAGCUUAUCAAUUGCGACAGGGGUACCCGACAAGAAUACUCGGUAACUUCUUGUGCAAAACGUACAGCAUCGUGAACUAUGUCUUAUUUAAAGGAUUUAUGCUGAUCCCAUUCCUGUUCGAGCUUCGCGCUGUUAUGGAUUGGAUUUGGACGGAUACAUCUAUGAGCAUAAUGGAUUGGUUUAAGAUGGAAGAUAUCUUUGCCAGCAUCUAUCAAAUUAAGUGCAUGCGAGGCGUCGAAUCAGACUUCCCUCAACCAAGAGGAGUGAAAAAGAAACAAAUGAGCAAAUACUUGGUCGGUGGAGGUGCUCUCUUCGUCAUAAUUGGCUUAAUUUGGUUUCCUUUGCUCCUCUUCGCUUUGGGUGGUACCGUCGGCGCGUCGAACUUGCCUUACGAUGUAUCUAUGAAGAUUCAGAUCGGUCCGUACGAACCCAUUUACUCGAUGUCGGCGCAAGGCAGUUCAAUCCGUGAAUACACCAAAGCUGAAUAUGACGAUCUUACGAAUAUCUACACGAAGGAAAAAUCAGCGGUCACUUUCUUUGAAAAUUAUGUCUACUCUGACGUAGCUGCAGUUAGAUUUAGCGGUUUCUCCAAAAGAUUUUGGGGCAUCUCUCCACCUGAUAGAGAAAGAUUGAAAUCGGAAUUGGCUUCUAACACUACGACGGUAAUUAUACACGUUGAAUGGACAGUUUCAAGAAGAACAGAUGCGAAAGAUGCCAGUGGAAUCACCACGAGAGUUCGCGAUAUAAAACUGCUACCCUACGUGAACAAAGAGUUCAAUCCCGUUAGAAAAACGUUGGUGGAUAUGUUAAGUAUGCAAGACUCUACAGCAACGAAUGCCACCAUACUGCUGGAAAAUGCUUUCCCAAAGUUCCUCAAAGUUACCGGUAGAACUAUCAACGUUGUACCGCAGCUAAUGUGGUCACCACUGUUACCUCCAAGAGAAGAUGACAGCGACGACUAUCUCUACAGAAACAUCAGCGUCCAAUUAUCCAUGGAUAAGGAUUGUUGCGCUCAUCAACAAUGGUGGGUGGUGAGUGAGGAAUGCAACGACCGUUUGUAUAACGUUCUUUUGAACAAGGUGCCUCUAAACAAUUGCAAGGACAUCAUGAUGUUCUUAUUCAACGACAAAGCCUUUCCCGAAAGUUUAAGCUUCAUCAGCGGAUUCGGAAUUCUAGGAUUAUACACCACGGCAGUAAUCGUCAUCAGCCAGAUGAUGCGAAAGAUCGUCAGCGACAUGGCACCGAAAAUCAUGUUCGAUGAUUUGCCCUACGUCGAUAGAAUCCUCCGCCUAUGCUUAGAUAUUUAUCUGGUCCGCGAAAGUGGUGACUUAUGCCUCGAGGAAGACUUGUUUGCCAAAUUGAUCUUCCUCUACAGAUCUCCAGAAACAUUAAUCAGGUGGACGAGGCCACCCGAAGAAGGCGAACGAACUGAUAACGAGGAACAAGACGAGGAAGAAGAAGAGAGGCAAGGAGAAGAAAGGAGAGGAGAAGAACAAUCUCGCCGUGAUUGAAUUAUGAAGAAGAAUAAAGGCUUCUUAAUAAUAAGGAUAA